AUGGUCAAAUUCUCCAUGCAGACCGCCCUGGCUCGCUCUACGCUGGUCGCGAACAUACUCCGGCCGUACAAGACGCAGGGUGCGAGUCACAAGCCCAACGCCCGCAUCAUGAAUCAAAUGAAACAGAUCUUUGGCAAGGAUGAUGUCGACACGGCCGGGACUCUACUUGGAAUCUUCGAGCGGAUAGCCAGCUUUCGCUACAAAGACCUGGAUGCCAGGGGUGAGGCAUGGAAGGGCGACAGAGAUUUCCUGGAUCUGGAGAUCUGGUGUAACAGCGACUAUGUGAUCGAGCUCGAGUAUGGAGAGUCCAACGUCCUCUAUCAUGACACCGUACAGGACAUGCCCGUGGAAAACUGGCGAACCCUCGUCAAAAUGAAACACCAGCAUGAUCCAGAUCUUGAAGCGGUCACAUCGCCAGCUCAUCACAAGGACCCGAAGAAGCAGUGGCCAGUGAAGUCGCCCGAGGUCAUUACCUUCAACCCAGGCUACAUCAAGGAAGUGACGGACAAGAACUCCAUCUUCAACGCCGACCGCAUCAGGAAAGCCGAGAUAAAUGAUCUCAGGGAUCGCAUUAACAGUCAUUUCAGGAGGACCAAGAAGGGGUGGACAAACGUCGACCUGUUGGAGACGCUAGAGCUGGUCCUGCAUCAUGAGCUCACGCACUUGAAGCAUACUGCAGACACGAUAGACGUGGACUCUCCAAACAGCUACGGGUGGCUGGAUGUCCUCAGACUGAAGAGUAUCAAGAAUGCCGACAAUCUGGCGUACUUUGCCCUGGUGGUCGACUUGAUCCAGAACCACCACUACGACGUGGAUGCAAAGGGAAAACUCGUUCGGUUCACUUAG